UACGAGAGUACGGUUCAAGCAAGUAGUCUUACGCAUUGGUGAUACAAAGUUUGAAAUUUUUUUCAAAUUAAGUAAUCAAGUCUACUAAUCAUGAGUGAUAUAAUAAACAAAUUAGAGAAAGUAGUUUUGUCUAUUGCAUAUUACACAAAUUGGUUUUGUGGUAUAGGCAUAAUCGAAUAUCCAAUAGGAAAACAGCACCGUGUCAUGAGUUUUUUAUAUACUGGAGUUGUAUUAAUCGUAUAUAGUGUACUGUCUGUCUACGUCUACUCCGACUUUGCUAUAGUCUCUCGAGACUAUGAAGUUAAUCAGACAAUGAUGAAAGGUGUAUAUUGUGCUACGUUUAUUCUGACCUUCAGUACUAUCGUUAUGGGGUGGUAUCGCAAUAAGGAAAUACGUUCUAUUCUACAACGAAUGAAUAUUGCAAUGCGUAUAAUAGACAAAUUGGGUGCAUCAAAAAAUUACACAAAGGCAUUUACAGUACAAGUAGGCUAUGCUGUUGGAACCUUAACGUUUCUUAUUAUCAUUGUAAUAAUUAAUGCACUUGUUGUAUAUAAACGUGAUCCUAAGCAUGAUAGUCACGUAUUGACUGUGAUGGCUGUAAAUUAUCCUUUAAUAAUUUUGCAAGUCGUUGAUACAUUGUUUAUUAACAUUAUUCAGUAUGCUAGAAAAAAUAUGAGAGUAAUAAAUGACGUAUUACGAGAAAUGCUCACGUCCACACAAGAUUUUCCUCAGCACACAAAAAUAGUGAGGAGAUAUUUAAGAACUUUGGAUAGUCCAGAGCUUGAUACGGACAUUGUGGAUCAAAAAACAGAUGCUGAAGAUAAAAUGUACACCAUAAAUAUGAGCAAAAAAGCCCAUCUGACUUUGGUCAAGAUUUGUCAAGAGACUGAUGACACUUUUGGCCUACAUAUUUUGUUAUCAGUCAUCGUUGCUAUUAUAACGAUAACCGUAUCGAUUUAUCACAUUUAUAUGCUAGUCGAUUAUUUGAGUAUUUCACGAGCUAUUUAUGAUAAUACAUUACUACCUGUCUGUAUUUUGCUAAUCUACUACUAUGUCAAAAUCCACGCUAUAAGCCAUUUUUGUAGUUCAACAUCUGAAGAGGCAGUAAUUACUGGGGACAUCAUAUCAGAACUGUAUGAUGAUUCUUCUAUAGGCAUAGAAUCUCAGACAGAGAUAAGACAAUUCGGUGAUCAGAUAGUACAAAAUUCUUUGACUUUUAAAGCUCACGGAUUUGUCACUCUGGACUUUACUCUAAUUCAAAAUGUAAAGAACGGCAUCAAAUGUGUUAGUAGUUUUAAAUGUACGCUUUUUUAUUUUAAUAUAUUUAUUAUGCUGCAGGUCGUAGGAUUUGUAACAACCUAUUUGAUGAUUUUAAUUCAAUUUGGAAGUUCUACGUCAAUAGAGAUUUCACGUUAACAAAUUAAUGAAAACCAUUAACAGUUUUACUGUAAUAUAUCAUAAUAACCAUGAUUAAAUAUAAUCAAGUAUAUUUAUCGAUGUGGGAGUAUCAUCAUUAUCAUAAAACAUUAUUAAUAUUAUUGAUUUUUUUAUAAUCUUCAGAGAAUCAUAUUAAACGAGUCUAGCUAUUUUAUAGUAAAUACAUUAUAUUCUUUGAGGUGUAUGUACGCUGCAGCAUAUUAAUAUUCUAAAAGAUUACUAUUUGAAUUUAAUAUAUAAAAAAUGAACGAAAAUGUACCAAACAUUAUAAAGGAAAUCCAGAAACCGGCCUUACCAUUUUUUUUUUUAUCAAAUUGGAUUUUCGGUAUUGGCAUAAUUGAAUUUCCUGUUGGUACACCACAGCGACUACUUAGCUUUUUUUACACUUUCUUUAUUUUAACACUGUACUGUAGUCUUACGGCGUAUGCAUAUCCUUUCGUACUUCUAUUAAUUAAAGAAGUGGAGAAGAAUAUAUACAUGGUAUAUCUUUACUUUUUCUUUAAUAUUUUUCUCACAAUCUGUACAACUGUUUUGGGAUGGUACCGAAGUGAGGUAUGGGGAAAAGCUCUUUUUAAUAAACUAUUCUGUAAGUACUAUACUAAUGAAUUUCAACUAACAUUUAGGGAUUGCAUGAAAUACUUGUUCACGUAGCCAUCGGAAAUCACAUGUUGGAAAAGAUUGGAGUCGCCAAAGAAUAUUCCAAAACAUUUCGUUCGUAAAUGACAUUUCUAUCAAAAUAUAUUGUUAUUAUUGUGAUUGUAUUAACGGUAAAUGUAGUCGAUAUGCUGUCGAGAGAUUUUUCAAGAAGUAGCAAACUUAUAUCCAUAAUUCUUUGCGACUAUUCCAUAAUUAUUAUAUUUGUAGUUGAUAUAUCCUUUAUUAAUAUAGUGAAGUGAGUUAUAUACCAUUAUACUUGAUAUUUUGCUAGUCCAUUGAUCUUGUACUACGAUU